CGUUGUCCACUCACUCAACUUCCCACCUCUUUCUACUUGCCUCCGCGCACUGCCACCGCGCUUCUUUUUGCCUGCGCUCGCCUAUGCUUUUGCGCUUUUGCCUCGCUGCUUGUCGUCCUGCUGGCCGCGCACUCGCCUUGCCCCACUCUGUACCCCUUUCCAGAUUCAGCCAGCGCUCAGUCCACCAACUUGCAUUCGCCACUGCUGCUGCUUCUCGCUCGCCGUUCUGCGCCUUGUCUGCAGCGUUCACCUCACAUCCAUCGUCAUCAUCAUCAAUACGAUCAUCACCACUUUCAACCCUCGCACAAAUGUCCAACCCGACCGAUCUCGUUGAGAAGGCCAAGAAGGCCGCCGCGUUCGCAGCUGUCGACGAAUACGUCAAGGAUGGCAUGACUAUCGGCGUCGGCAGUGGCUCGACCAUCGUCUAUGCCGUCGAGCGCAUUGUCGAGCGCGUCAAGGCUGAAAACCUGAAGCUCGUCUGCAUCCCGACCUCCUUCCAAGCCCGCCAGCUGAUUGUCGAGGGCGGACUUGUGCUCAGCGAUCUGUCGCGUCACUCUGCAAUCGACGUUGCCAUCGAUGGCGCUGAUGAAGCCGAUGCUCAAUUGAACUGCAUCAAGGGCGGUGGCGCUUGCAUGCUGCAAGAAAAGAUUGUCGCCUACAAUGCCAAGCGCUUUGUUGUCGUGGCCGAUUUCCGCAAAAAGUCAGAGACCCUCGGUCAACAGUGGAAGGCUGGCGUUCCGAUUGAAGUUAUUCCGCUGGCCUAUGUGCCAGUGCUCCGCAAGCUCGAGUCUUUCGGUGGCAAGCCUGUGCUGCGCAUGGCCAAGGCAAAGGCUGGCCCUGUUGUGACGGACAAUGGCAACUUUGUCGUGGACUGCGAUUUCGGCCUGAUCCAAGAUCCCGCGGCGCUGGACAAGCGCAUUGCCAGCAUUCCCGGCGUUGUCGAGACCGGCUUGUUUGUCAACAUGGCCGAGAAGGCCUUCUUUGGCAUGCAAGACGGCACUGUCGAGACUCGCACCAAGAACUAAUCCAGGUGUUUUUUUUUUUUGGUUUCUUGCUGUUGUUGCCGUCGUGUCUGUGUUUUUGUCCCCGUGUAAGAUCCACCCAUUGAAUGCCCCUUCCAAUC